AUGAGCACGCCGCCGAGUGUGUCCCCACCGCUCACCACCCGGGGUGCUGAGUCGUUGUUGGUACGACUCACCUACAACCCGGGGGCAGGCCCCAGCCUCGCUACCUGCCCCGGCGCUCGGACACAGAGGACGCUGCAAGAACCCCUGGUCCGCUCACCGCCACCGCCGCCCCGGCCUGGAGACGCCCGGCUCAACCAGCGCUCGGCACCGCCUCUUCCGUGUUUGGAACUGUCAGCUGAGCCGCGCGGAUCCGGCUGGCGGCCCGGCGAGGGGAGGGCUUGCGCAGCCGCCGUGACCGCCCGAUCCCUCGGCCGCCCCCUGAAGGCCAAAGGCGGCGGUGCUUGGGCGGUCGCCGUCACCACUCUCCCCGCCUCGCCUGGUGAGACCAUGAAUCCUGUCAGAGACCUUCCAGAUGCAAAAAGUAAAGGAGACUAAGAACCAGUUCGGGAAAUUCUCACAAAUCUGAGC